CUUCCUCUGCGGGUUGACCGUACCACGCACACGCCGAUGCGUCGACCCUACAGUGGCUUCAACGCGCAGCGGGAUGCCCCGCACGAGGACAGAGGCAGAGGGAGGAAAGCCGACCCUGGGCCUGACUGCCGAGGGGGGGCCCGCGCUGUCGCCGAGCGCCGCCCGCUCGACCCGCGAGUGCAGUGCGGGCGCGGCCGCAGGACACCCAGCCCCCAAACCUGCAGGCGCGAGAUCUGCAAUGGGAGGGGGAGUCCAGAUCAGCUCCGUCGAAAGUUGGGGGGAGCACAGAGCACCCUGAACGCAGCAUCCCCUCCAACGUCGGGAAGCGGCAGAUUGCGCAUCCUGGUCCAAGGGCGGCGAAGCCCUACGCGCUGCCACGCUGGCCCCGGGCAGGCUGUGCUGCCCGGCGACGUCCACGCGUCCACCGCGUGGUUCGGCGGCGAGCGAGGGGGGAACCAGCUGGCAUCGCCUCCGCCGCGGUGGCAGCAGGUAUCAAGUCCAAGUACGUGGCUCCUGGUGUGCAGGAGGCCCUCUUUCCCCGAGCGCCAGUGCAGCGGUGCAUGGUUCCAACGCAGACCGACACGGCGCGGCACAGAAGGCAUAUCAUUCGGCGUUCAUCUAGGGUUCGUACCAGUGUCAGGCGCCUCCACGCACGCGGCUCUGCCAGAGUUCGUGCAGCACGCGGCUCUGCUGGAGUUGGCGCCGCGAGACCUGCCCUGCACUGCAAGGCCCGAGACAGCGAACACGAAACAUAUCUCAAGCACAAAAAUGAUGGCUAGCACAUUCGUUGAUACUUCUCGGCCCUCUCGAGCUGCAUCGCCCUGCCCCUGUCCUGGCUCUGUGGACCAGGGGACCAGCACAGUCCAUGACAGCGUGAUAAUCACCGUCGAAAGCGGCAGCACAACACACACGAAUGCGGAGUGCAACACCGAUGUCGUGCCAGCAUGGUCGUAUCCCCUCACAUUGCAGGCAUGCCUUCUGGACAACUCGACGAGCCCGUGUCCUUCCUGGAGCUUCGAUUCCCAAAGCAUGCUCAGCGCUCUGCCCUCGACAGCGUCGCUUGCCCAACGCCAGAGAUGCGCACCGUCGACCACCCAGUGGGCGCCCUGGCAAGACAGGGACACGUAGUGCAGAAGGUACACUGUCUGAUACGCUAGACCUUGGGUGUGCUGGAAGCAGUGGCGGCUCAUCGAGAGGCACUCCGCGUCGUCUGCGACCUCCACUCUAUCGGCGCACGGGCAGUGGAGGUAAGCACCAGAGCUUCGGCACCAAGUCCCGCCAAGCGCAGUGCACAGAGUGCAGAGGAUGUAAAUGGCGAAGUGCGCACAGCAGCGGCAGGUUGAAGGAGCGCUUGCCUUGCGCUGGAGUAGGGCAAGCCAUAACCAGUGCAACCCAUGAACGACUCCGAAAAAUGCCCAAAGCGCGACGAGCAACAGGAAGGAGGCUGCGAAACGCAGAUGCUUCGCGUUGGCCAUAUCUCCACGGUGACGAGGCUGCUUGGGGAGCGCAGCUAGAGCUUCAGAUCAACCAAAACGGCUUGAACCAAAA